GACCAGAAACAAUGCUUGCUGGGCUGGCUCUGCGAUGCGCUGCUGGCUCUCGACGGAUGCUCUCGAGCCAGGCGAGCAGCUCCAUUGCGCUGGCGACCGCUCGCGCCGGCAAGAAGGCCCCUCGCGAGGAAGCCGCCCAGUGGACUGCUGAGGAGCUCGCAUACACCACCGAUGCCCUCGGCGCUUCGGCCAAGCCAGGCGAGGAGAGCGGUGCCGACGCUGCAGCUGCUGCGGCUGCUUCUGCUGCUGGCGACGUUGCGGGCACGCCUGGCGGCCCCACCGCUGCCGAGGUCGCCGCCUCGCUCCAGGCAGCUGCUGCGGCGACUGCUGCGCGUCUCGAAAGGCGCGCGGGUCGACCAGCGCCGAUCGCCUUCCGCCAGCCCCGCACGCAGGCCGCCGCCCAGCGCAAUGGCUUUGCUCUGCAUCCCGCCGUCGAGCGCAUCACUGUCUACACGCACUCUGUCUCGCGAGGCUCCCUCUGGGAAUUCGUCCAGUGGCAAGUGCCAAGUUUGCGAAUGACCAACCCGUCAGUGCCAAUUGUCAUUUCACCAAACAAGACGGCCUUCCCGGCCAUCGUCAUCUCUUUGAACUCGCAGAAGGCAAAGCGAGCGACAAAGCAUACAAACGUCUACGGUCUGGCGGCACAGCCGGCAUUUGCUGCCCAGUGGCCAGAAUUCACCAAACUCGCAAAGUCCUUCCACGCCGAUUUCGCAAAGCUGUAUCCCAUUCCUGGCACCGAAGAGCGGAAGCAAGCGACAAACGCAGACGCCGCGACCGAUGCAGCGGCCGAAACCGGUGGUUUCGAACCGCUGACCCAGGAGCCAACCACACCAGCAUCCAACGCCGCUGACGACAUGCUGGCAAGUCUUUUCGGAGAUGCCAGCACGUCUGCGACGGACGCCACGUCCAGCGACAGUUCCGCACCUGCCUCUGAAGGGCUCGAUGCCGCCGAGCAGCAAGCGUUGAACGACCGGCUGUCCGCAUUGAUUGAGAGUUACAAGACGCAUCUUGCCUCCAUGCGCGAUCAGCAACACCGUGACGUGAUUGUACUGCCUUUCCUGGAGGCCGACAAGUGGUCGUAUGAGGAUAUUUGCAGCGUCGUGCGCAUUGCCAGCCGGGAGGCAGGCCAACCUGCCGCAUUCUCGGAAAUGUUCGUGGCGGACAGCGCGGUGGCCAUGGCACCCGUCCCCGAGCGCCUCAAGGCUGCGCUCGCGCGUAAGGCUUCUGCUAGCACGAUUUACCACAAGCGAGUCCUCAAACUGCGAGCAGCCCAAAAGCUCGCCGACGUCGGCAAGAGGAAGGGCGCGGGCAAGAUUACCGCAGCAGCGUUGUAACCAUAAAACCAGCAAAAGCGACGCGUUCUCCAGCAGUUCAAAAUUGUCAAAAUACAAACAACGAAUACAAUCAAAUAUAGCCAGCAGAAUA